AGAAGGAGCUGCAGCCGCGGCCGCUGCACCCUGUACAGUGAGGUUUGAGGCGGCUCCUGGCGUCGCCCAGGGGGAGCGACUUGGGCCAAGAGUCCGGCGCGGGCGGCGGCGGGCGGCGAGGGGGAGCGACUACGGGUGCCCUCGCUCCCCGCCGCUCUCCAUGAGCCGGGCGGAAUAAGCCGCGCCUCCAGCAGAGGCUGCGUCUCCAUGAAGCCCUAGUUUUUUUGCUUUUUCCUUUUUCUCCCCGCUCCUCACCCCCAGUCAGUCUCCCGUCCCGCCUUCUCCCUUCGCCCAGCGGCGGCCGCGUUCAGGUGCGGAGUCCAGAGCGGAGCGCAAUGGCGUCGAACCCCGAGCGGGGGGAGAUCCUGCUCACGGAGCUGCAGGGAGAUUCCCGAAGUCUUCCAUUUUCUGAAAAUGUGAGUGCUGUUCAAAAAUUAGACUUUUCAGAUACAAUGGUGCAACAGAAAUUGGAUGAUAUCAAGGAUCGAAUCAAGAGAGAAAUAAGGAAAGAACUGAAAAUCAAAGAAGGAGCUGAAAAUCUGAGGAAAGUCACAACAGAUAAAAAAAGUUUGGCUUAUGUAGACAACAUUUUGAAAAAAUCAAAUAAAAAAUUAGAAGAACUACAUCACAAGCUACAGGAAUUAAAUGCACAUAUAGUUGUAUCAGAUCCAGAAGAUGUUACAGAUUGCCCGAGGACUCCAGAGACUCCAAAUAGCGACUCCCGUUGUUCUGCUGGCAACAACAGAUUGAUGGCUUUACAAAAGCAGUUGGACAUAGAGCUUAAAGUAAAACAGGGUGCAGAGAACAUGAUACAGAUGUAUUCCAAUGGGUCUUCAAAGGACCGGAAACUCCAUGGUACAGCUCAGCAACUGCUCCAGGACAGCAAAACAAAAAUAGAAGUCAUUCGGAUGCAGAUUCUUCAGGCAGUCCAGACCAAUGAACUGGCUUUUGAUAAUGCAAAACCUGUGAUAAGUCCUCUUGAACUUCGGAUGGAAGAAUUGAGGCAUCAUUUUAGGAUAGAGUUUGCAGUAGCAGAAGGUGCAAAGAAUGUGAUGAAAUUGCUUGGCUCAGGAAAAGUAACAGACAGAAAAGCACUUUCCGAAGCUCAAGCAAGAUUUAAUGAAUCAAGUCAGAAGUUGGACCUUUUGAAAUAUUCAUUAGAGCAGAGAUUAAACGAGCUUCCCAAAAAUCAUCCCAAAAGCAGUAUUAUUAUUGAGGAGCUUUCACUUGUUGCAUCGCCAACACUAAGUCCACGACAAAGUAUGAUAUCCACGCAAAAUCAAUACAGCACACUGUCCAAACCAGCAGCAUUGACAGGUACAUUGGAAGUUCGACUUAUGGGAUGCCAAGAUAUACUAGAGAAUGUCCCUGGACGGUCAAAAGCAACAUCGUUUGCACUACCUGGUUGGAGUCCAAGUGAAACCAGAUCAUCUUUCAUGAGCAGAACCAGUAAAAGUAAAAGUGGAAGUAGUCGAAAUCUCCUGAAAACUGAUGACUUGUCCAAUGAUGUCUGUGCUGUUUUGAAGCUAGAUAAUACUGUCGUUGGUCAAACUAGCUGGAAACCCAUUUCCAAUCAGUCGUGGGACCAGAAGUUUACACUGGAACUGGACAGGUCACGUGAACUGGAAAUUUCAGUUUAUUGGCGUGAUUGGCGAUCUCUAUGUGCUGUAAAGUUUCUGAGGUUAGAAGAUUUUUUAGACAACCAACGGCAUGGCAUGUGUCUCUAUUUGGAACCACAGGGUACUUUAUUUGCAGAGGUUACCUUUUUUAAUCCAGUUAUCGAAAGAAGACCAAAACUCCAAAGACAAAAGAAAAUUUUUUCAAAACAACAAGGCAAAACAUUUCUCAGAGCUCCUCAAAUGAAUAUUAAUAUUGCCACUUGGGGCAGGCUAGUGAGACGAGCGAUUCCUACAGUAAAUCAUUCUGGCACCUUCAGCCCUCAAGCUUCUGUGCCUGCUACAGUGUCAGUGGUUGAUGUACGCAUCCCUGAGCUGGCACCAGCAGCUAGUGAUUCUACGGUAACCAAAUUGGACUUUGAUCUUGAGCCUGAGCCUCCUCCAGCCCCACCACGAGCCGCUUCCCUUGGAGAAGUAGACGAAUCUUCUGAAGUAAGAGCGUUGGAUACACCUGAACAGGAUUCAGAAACUGUUUUUGAUAUUGAAAAUGACCGAAAUGAUAUACUUCCAAAAUCCCAAUCUGAAUAUGAGCUUGAUAUUCCUGAGACAGGUCUAGGAUAUAGUGGUAUUCGAGAACUCGAGGAUAGAAGAUCUCAGCAGAGGUUUCAGUUUAAUCUGCAAGACUUCAGAUGUUGUGCUGUCUUGGGAAGAGGACAUUUUGGAAAGGUGCUUUUGGCUGAAUAUAAACACACAAAUGAGAUGUUUGCUAUAAAAGCUUUAAAAAAAGGAGACAUUGUAGCUCGAGACGAAGUAGACAGCCUGAUGUGUGAAAAAAGAAUUUUUGAAACUGUGAAUAGUGUAAGGCAUCCCUUUUUGGUGAACCUUUUUGCAUGUUUCCAAACCAAAGAGCAUGUUUGCUUUGUAAUGGAAUAUGCUGCCGGUGGGGACCUAAUGAUGCACAUUCAUACUGAUGUCUUUUCUGAACCAAGAGCUGUAUUUUAUGCUGCAUGUGUAGUUCUUGGGUUGCAAUAUUUACAUGAACAUAAAAUUGUUUAUAGAGAUUUAAAGUUGGAUAACUUAUUGCUAGAUACGGAAGGCUUUGUGAAAAUUGCUGAUUUUGGUCUUUGCAAAGAAGGAAUGGGAUAUGGAGAUAGAACAAGCACAUUUUGUGGCACUCCUGAAUUUCUUGCCCCUGAAGUAUUAACAGAAACAUCCUACACAAGGGCUGUAGAUUGGUGGGGGCUUGGUGUACUUAUAUAUGAAAUGCUCGUAGGUGAGUCUCCCUUUCCUGGUGAUGAUGAAGAGGAGGUUUUUGACAGUAUUGUAAAUGAUGAAGUAAGGUAUCCAAGGUUUUUAUCUACAGAAGCUAUUUCCAUAAUGAGAAGGCUGUUAAGAAGAAACCCUGAGAGGCGCCUGGGAGCUGGUGAGAAAGAUGCAGAGGAUGUAAAGAAGCACCCAUUUUUCAGGCUAAUUGAUUGGAAUGCUCUGAUGGACAAAAAAGUAAAGCCGCCAUUUGUACCUACUAUCAGAGGACGGGAAGAUGUUAGCAAUUUUGAUGAUGAAUUUACCUCAGAAGCACCUAUUCUGACUCCACCUCGAGAACCAAGGAUACUUUCAGAAGAGGAACAAGAAAUGUUCAGAGAUUUUGACUACAUUGCUGAUUGGUGUUAAGUUACUAGACACUGUGAAAUCAAGCAGACUGACUCACAAGAAGACCUCUUAAAAAUAACAACCUUCAUUCACUCUCUGUGCUACCAACAGCUUCUAAGUUUAAAAAAAAAAAAACACAUAUGAAGAUACAUUUAAAAGUACCAUUUGAAUACCUUCUUGAAAAGUGGCUCCUCAGUGUUCUUCGGUGUAAACGGGCACUGGAAAUAGUUUUUAACAUUGGCUGUGAAAAUCAAUUGCAAAUGAAUACUUUCAGAUCAAUCAUCUUUUGAAAAAGAAGAACCACUCUUCAUAAUCCCUAUCUUUGCCCUAUGCCUGCCUUAAGUGAAAGAAGAUUGAUUGAUUGUGUUUUACAAAAAGAAAAAAAUAGGGCUUGGAAUACUAUUACUGUUCACAUAAAGUAUGAUUCUCUUUGAGGCAAAUGCUCUUAUUUUUUUAAAGAAAUCACUAUAAUAUCAAAAAAUGUAGUGGCAGUUUGCACCUUUGGUGGCUUGAUUUUUUUUUUUUGAAAAACAAUGAAUUGAUGUCUUUUAUAAAUGUUCUAUAUUUAUCAGGAGAAAACUUUUUUAAAUGCCUUAUCUUUACCAUGUAGCAGAGCCUCGUAGCUUUCCAACAGAGCUACUUGCCAAACAACUUUGUUUAUUGAACAAUGCUGGCCUAAAUGGGAACAUCAGCAUUUAUUUCAAAUGUUAAGAAUGAGGACUUCUAAUCAGCCUGAACCAAGAUACUGUGUGCUGCAUGCAUUCAUUCCCAAAGUCUACAUACCCAGGAUGUUCAGUCAUAUUUUUUUCCAAAAUGAGUGAACCUGAUGACCCCUUUUGUGAUAUGCAUUUUUUGAACAUUUAUCAGCCUAGCUCAUCUUAUUCUUUGUGUCUGCUGUAGAAGGGAACUAUAUCUUUGGUAAACCAUAGGGAUUGUCUUUGUAUACAUGCUGUGAACAUGUAUAUGUAAUAGUUGUAAUGUAUUUUGUGUUGUAGGCUUAUUAUUUAAUUUCACCACUUCAUCACUUUUGUACAGUGGCCAAUCAGACACCUCAGACUCCAGCAUUUACAUUAAGUGCAUUUGUACAUUUUAGGCCACUGGAUCCAGAUUUUAUAUUGGCAGUUACUGAGGGCAAAAGCAAUAUAUUGUAACAGAAUGUAUAAAUAUUUUUGAUAAAACAGUCUAUAUUUUAUAAAAAAUUAUUAUAACACUAAAGCUGUACCUCAAAAGUUUCAAAAAUAAUUUGAUCAGCAUAAUUUUUACAACUCAUCAGAGGAUCCGUUUGUGGCUUUUUAUUAUGCUUAUGGUAUGUCCUUUUACAAAUCAUGACUUUCCACAUGCCUAGAAUAUUUUGUGUUGUUUUGUUUUUACUUUUUUCUUCCCUUCCUAGUCUAUGACUUCAUUAUUUUUCCUCAGUUCAAUAAUAACAUAUUUGAUCCUAUGCUUAGCAUGUUAGGGUCAUUAUACCUCAGGAGUAACAAGUUGGUAACUAACCAUACUGAAUUAGCCAUUCAAUCACAGUGAGCUCAUCUCUUAAAAAUUGUUGAAUUUUAAAUCUUAUCAGAAACACAACCGCACCCUGAUUUAUGAAGAGCUGAGCUUAAAACACUUAUAAAUAUUUCAACCUUGCUAGGAUGUGUUGGCAUGAUUUAACUGUACUCUUAGAACAAUUAAAAUUGUCUAGAGAUACUUCAUAUUCCCUUCCAAAUUGGUUAUUACCCAAGAUCCUUGGGAGAAAAUUUUGUAAAAAGAGAAACAAUUUGUUGUUUAAAGUUAUUUUUAAAUACCAGUUAAUUUCCUUGGGAAAGGACAGUAGAGAACUUAGCAUAAUUGUUUGGCUUUAAUUUAAACAGUGCUAACACAAAUUAAAAGAAACACUAAGUACUUUUGAGGUACAGUCUGUUCACCUUUGCUGGUUCUCAAACAUGCAUAGAAAGCAAUGUCUAAAAUGGGCUUUUAGCAUUAAAAACUGACAUAGCAUUUUAUAACUACACAGUGUACAGAAAUUUUUAAAAUUGAAGCCAAUCACUAAAAAAUUAGAGGGCAGGGUAUAUUCACACAAUUAAGCAGAGGAAAGCACUAAUUUUUCUGUAGUUUUUAAAAUAUAUAUAUUUUAGUCAGAUUUAAAUUUUUAAGAGUGUAAAUAUAUUCUGUGUUUCUGUGUAUGUGACUGCUAAAGCACUUUGUACGGAAAUGAGGAUAUUUUAGAAUGGUACACUAUGCAUUCAAGUGAAAUGUGCCUUUAUGUCAUUCUAAGAAAAAAGUGUUUUGCAGUCAUAAAUUACCACAAAUGCACAAAUUAAAGUUUAAAUAGACUGAAAUUUGUAACUUUGGUUUUAAUUAUUAUUUCCUUUUAGAAACUUCCUAACUUCCUGGUGAUUAAAAUGUAUACUAGCUUUAGGUUCAAGAUUUAAAAAAAAAAAUUUCAUUUAGCCCUCUUGCAAGUACUUGCUGUCUUACAGAAGGUUAAAACCUUGAAAAUUCAGAGUGUAUUAUCCACUUCUCUGGGAAUACUAGAGAAAAUUUAUAUUCUGCUUCCAUAAAGUGAGUAGCGUCUUUCAUUCAGUGUAUGGAAUUCCCCACAGUGGCUAGACACUGAGGGGGGAGGGGGAGGAUAGAGGAAAACAAAACCAUUCAAGAAGAACAGCAUGCAUUAAUAUUAAAAUAGAAGCACUAGUAUUACAUACACUUUGCUCUUGUUUGAAUUUAACUUAUUUACUUUUUUUUGUGGUGCUGGGGUUUGAACUCAAGGCCUCAUGCUUGCCUGAGGACAGGUGCUCUAUCCACCAUUUGAGUCAUGCCCCGAGACCUUAGAUUAACUUACUUUAAUUAUGGACCUGACAGUUCAGAAAAUAGGCAAAUGAAUAAAACAAUACUAAACAUUUUGUAGUCAUCUUAUUUAAAAAUUGCAAAUGGAAUAUUCUAAAAAUAUAAAGGACUGAUCCAUGCUCUCUCUGUAACAUAAAUUGAGAAAAUAAAGGGAAUUACUAUUAUUGUUUUGACCUGGUAAAAUAUGCCUUAGCGAUUCAGCUCUAACAGAAUUUUUGCAGGUACUAACCCAUUUUCCUAGAGCUAUUAAGGGAGUGGAAUAAGAGAAACUCAAAGAAGCAUCACUUCAGAUAUAGUGUUUCUCUAAGAUACUUUAUACAUUAGUAUACAAAUAAAAUAAGUUACAUACAGAUAUAAAAUUAGAGGUAAGUGUCAAAACUUUUGCUUAAGGUGGCUAUCAGUGGCUCGUGCCUGCGAUCCUAGCUAAUUAGGAGGAUCGAGGUUCUAGGCCAGCCUGGGCAAAUAGUUCACAAGACCCCAUCUCCAAAAUAACCGGAGCAAAAUGGACUGGAGGUAUGGCUUAAGCAGUAGUGCUCCUGCUUUGCCAUUGCAAAACCCUAAAUUCAAACCCCAGUUCCACCAAAAAAAAGCAAAACAAAAACUUUUGUUUGAUGUCAUGUUUCUAAUAUAACUAAGUAGAACUUCUAAGACACCUGCUGGUGUCAUUAAAGGUGUGAAUGGUCUGUAGCUAUCCUUCACACACAAACAAGCUAGCAGUCUUGACCAGGAGCCUGAACAAGUUUGGGCUUCAAGACUCAAGAGUUAAAAGUGAGAAUGCCCAGACAUACAAUUUAAGGAUACUAAAAGGCUGAGAGUGGAAGCCAAGUACACAGAGUAGAAAAAAGGAGCAGGAAGUCGGACAGGGUAGCAGCCAGUAAAAUAGCAGGGAGCCAGUUCUAGAAAUGUAGGCACUCAGAAAAGUGGGUUACCAAGAACGUGCAACAGCAGCAAGACUCACUCUGUGCUAAAAUCCUCUAGACGAGCUCAGCUCAGUUACAGUUUCAUGCCACUUUCUUUCUGCUAGUAGAAGUAAAUGCUCUGGAAGAAAGCUUUUCCAGGAUGGGAUCUUCAGACAAAGAUAAAUGGGACUAGAAUGUAGCUCAGUGGUAGAGUGCUUGCCUAGCAUGCAUGAGGCCCUGGAUUUAGUUCCUACAUAAAUGAAGAUCAGUUAAUAUACUACCAAAGACUUGUAUUUGACACAAAGCUACUUUGAAUGAAAGCCAACAGGGAUAAUGAGUUUAGAUACUCCUUUCAAUGAUCACAUAUAUCAGACUUCUCAGAUACAAAUUAUAAAAUUAUAAAGUAUUUCUA